GGCGCGUCUUGGGUCCCCGCGGCGGCGCCGGUGCGGAGCGCUGGUUUGCGGACGCCCGGGCAGAUCUGCAGUGCCUAAUGCCAUGAGCGUGGUGGUGCAGCAUGUGGAGGAGAAAGCUGUGCACUCUUGGUCCCGCAUCUCCACGGCAGGGAAGAAGGCCCUGGAGGAGGCACUGCUUGUCUUUAACCCCAUGAGCCAGGACCUCAGUGCCACGGAGGCCCAGCUCGUGGCCUUCCUCCAGGGCUUGCGGGAUGAUGGCUUCCAACCCACCAUCCUGCGUAGUGGCGAUGUCUAUGGCUACAGCUCGUGCACAGCCAGCCCCCCAAGCCAGACGAAGCUGCAAGCCCGUGCCCCAACGUCAGCCACAACGUCACCUCCAGCAAGUGCUCCUCGAACUACCAUGCGACUGCCCGCAGGCCGGGCCACACUACUCCCCAUGCCGCUUUCUGGCAGGCUGGCCAAAACAGCCACACCAAACCUUGCCAAGCAUGCUCCUACUAACCUACUGCUGAGUUCCCUGAAACAGUCCAAUGCUAGCCGGGCCCGGGGCGCAGCCAUGGGCUUCCCUGCUCACCUCUAUCCCGGUGUCUACCCUGCCAUGCGGCUCUCUGUUGUCCUUGAGGCCCUGGUUCCGCUCAAGACUCCCAUGCCCUGCUUGGGUGCUAAGCACAAGGCUCAGUCAUUACAGUUCUCACUUGCAGAUUCUCCCUUGAAGCCGCGGAAGGGUCCAGGAAAGGGCUCGGGGAACUCCCUGCUUAAGGCCCCCAGAAAGAUAAGCAAGGGCCCCAAAUGUCAGACUUUCAAACACCCGAAGGCAGGUCCCCGACGUGGCACUGGUCCCCAGAGUAAGACCUGCAAAGUCACUGAAUCCCUCAGUGGGCUACGAAUGAAAGGGGGAUCUGCCCUGGGCACCAAGACAGCCCAGGCCAAAGCCGCUCAAGCACUGGCCAAAGUUGUUUGUGCCCAGGCCAAGGUGCCCCGGCCACAGCCUAAGACUCCCUCAGCCAAGGUGGCUCAGAAACAGGCCAAGGCACCCCAGGCUAAGGUGACUAAGGCCCGGGCCAAAGCCAGGGCCGCUCAGGCCAGAGCUAAGGCCAAGGCCAAGGCGGCACGGGCCAAAGCCAAGGCGGCACAAAUCAAGGCCAAGGCAGCACGGGCCAGGGCCAGGGCCAAGGCCAAGGUGGCACAGGUCAAGGCCAAGGCGGUGAAGAUCAAAGCCAAGGCCAGGGUGAUCCAGACUCAGCUUGAGAGCAGAGGCAAGCCCAAGGGGUCUGUUCAGGCCCAGACUGUGGAAAGGUGUCAGAGAAGCCCCCCUGAGGCUGUGGGACAGAAGAGGAAAAGGUCCCAGGAGGCAAAGGAGCUGCUUCCCUGUAAGAGAACACAGCUUGGGCCCCGCUCCCCUAAGGCACGACUUGGUCCUCGCAUAGCAAAGCCGCUGAAAUUCCGGGCCAUCAAGGUUGACCGGUGGUCCUCGGAUGAUGAGGUGCGACAGCAGGCUCAGCGUAUCCUCCGUGUGAAUCUGUCUCCAGUGAUACAGCUCCAGCCCCUGCUGCUGCCUUCGGCACCCUGAGUCCCUCACCCAGCAAUGUUUGGGGAGACUUGAGUUCUGCCGCCAAGGACUCCACAACCCUGAGGACUCCCGGGUACCUCGUCAGGGCCCUGGCGGCCAGUGGUGUCCGUGCAGAGACUGGUGGCUAUG